AUGGUACUGUCCGCUUCAAGAGAUGCCACCGUGCGGCAAUGGAAACCAACGACCUCAAAUAAAGAUUCUUCCAUCAUAUGCCAAGCCCAGUCUUUUGUCAAUACAAUAACGUUCAUUCCCCCCAGCACAGAUCAUCCUCAGGGUCUUGUGGUCACAGGCGGUAAGGAAGCAGUUAUAGAUGUCAGGCCGCCAGGGAGAGGCCCUGAAGAAAACGCUGAAAGACUCUUGUUGGGCCAUGCCCACAAUGUAUGUGCUCUAGACGUUUCUGUGGAUGGGAACUUCAUUAUCAGCGGUAGUUGGGAUGGUACAGCAAGAGUCUGGAGCAUCAAAAGCUGGGACUGUGAGGCCGUCCUGGAGGGUCAUACUGGAAGCGUCUGGACGGUUUUGGCGUAUGACAAAAAGACGAUUAUUACUGGCUGUGCCGAUCGCGUCAUACGUGUCUUUGAUCCUAGUGGUAAGAAGUACAGCGACGUCAAGGGAAGCACGGACGUAGUGAGAGCACUAUGCCGGACGCCUUCCAGCCACUAUUCGGGGGCUGACUUUGCUUCCACCGGCAACGAUGCAAUCAUCAGACUCUGGAAGCUUAAUGGUAAGGAAAUCGGACAGCUACAUGGACAUGAGAGCUUUGUGUAUUCACUCGUAUGUUUGCCAAGUGGGGAACUUGUUAGCUCGGGGGAAGAUCGAACAGUCAGAGUAUGGAGGAAUCGUGACUGCAUACAAACCAUCACCCAUCCUGCAAUAUCAGUCUGGGGUGUUGCUGCGUCUUCAGAGAACGGUGACAUAGUGAGUGGUGCUAGUGACCGGAUAGUCCGCGUUUUUUCGAGAGCAGAGGAGAGGCAGGCCGCCGCCGAAGAUAUUAAGGCUUUCGAAGACACCGUUAAAUCAUCGUCCAUACCGAGGCAGCAAAUGGAGGAAAACGACAAUGAGCAAUACCCAAGCCCAGAGUUCUUGCAGCAAAAGUCUGGCACUAAGGAGGGCCAGGUGCAGAUGAUUCGAGAAGCUAAUGGGAAUGUGAGCGCUUAUCAAUGGUCUCAAGGAGCCCAGUCGUGGGUCAUGAUCGGGACUGUUGUCGACUCAGCUGGAAGUAGCGGCAAGAAGACCAGCCAUGGAGGCAAAGAUUAUGAUUAUGUUUUCGAUGUUGACAUAGAAGAUGGCAAACCGCCCUUAAAACUACCCUACAACCUCUCUCAAAAUCCGUAUGAAGCAGCCACCAAGUUCAUACAAGACAAUGAGCUUCCAAUAACAUAUCUAGAUCAAGUCGCUAACUUUAUAACCACCAACACACAAGGAGCUGCCCUUGGGCAGGCGAGUGUACCAACUGGCGCAGAUCCGUGGGGUUCAGAGUCAAGGUACAGGCCCGGUGAUGCCGAAUCCGCUCAAUUUCAAACGCCUGUGGAGAGGCCUAAGCUGCUACCACAAACGAAAUUCUUAUCUAUAACCACUGCCAAUCUACGAAUAAUUCUCAAAAAGAUCACAGAAUUCAACGGACAACUUGCCGAAGAACGAUCAGAGUAUUCGUUAGACCAGGCUUCGCUACAGUCUCUUGACGCUACUACGAAGUCAUUAGAAGCAGCGCUCGCCUCUGGCAAGCCCUCGGAUCAAGAUCGUCGUUCGAAUCUUGACUCGCUGGCCACCCGCUUUGCGGCUUCCAGCCUUCGACCUCAUCCGCCUUCUCGCAGCAACCAGCCCUUCCGUGGCAUCCCCUCCUUAGAACCGAACGAUAUCGUUACCGUGUUAUUGGAGUCCGGCUUUGAGGACAGAGAUCGAGAGAAUAACAUCAUGCUCACCGUUCGAGCAUUCGGCAACCUCUUCGAGACUCCCGCAGGCCAAGCCUUAGUCGACAAGAAGUUUGAGUCAAUUCAUAACGCAGUGAAGAGGUAUGUCUCAAGCAGUAACCGCAAUCUAUCGAUUGCUAUCACCACACUGUACAUGAAUUAUGCCGUGCUAUUCACGCGUGCGUCCGCUGGAGCUGCAUCUACGUCCGUGGAGAGGGCCUUGCCACUGCUCGAUGAGCUGACGAAAAUCGUGGUGGCGACUCCCGAUUCAGAGGCUGUCUACCGAACUCUGGUGGCACUGGGCACGCUGCUGGAGUUAGGGGAGGAGGUGCAGAUGGCGGCGAAGAAUAUCUAUGGUGUUUUGCCAGCACUUGAACGGAUAGCAAAGAAGCUCAAGGAGCCGAGGAUCAAGGCCGUGGUGCAGGAGAUCGAGAAGACUCUAAGUUAG